AUGGUCAAACCAAAUGCAAUUAAUAACAAUGGAGUCAACUCUCAAGACACACAGGAAAAGUCACAUCCAUCAUCUUCUUCCUCUUACAACAAUGAGCAACUUGUUUCUCUUGAUGAUGAAAAUAUACCACCAUUAAAUUCAAACCUAACCCAAAUUUUUAACAAAUAUCCCAAAGAAACUGAAAAAUUUGACGGGACAAGUAAAUUUGGCCGUGGAAGUUUGGCCGAUUUGAAUGAUGAUAAACCGAAGCUCACUCUGUUGGAAAAAAUAACUAAUGAAAGUAAACGUUUUAUAGAGUGUGAACUUAAUAAAAAAGUAGCUUACAGAAGACGUAGUGAUGAUAGUGGUUCUAGUUUAAGUGACAGUGAUAGUGAUAGUGACAUUGAACCUAGUGAAGUACAAAAGAUUGUUGAUAACAGUAGUUCAAAAGGUACUAUUGAGAUCAUGAGUUAUGGUGCUAGCACUAGAGGUACUAGCAAUUGUGAAAAUAAUGGUGAUGAUGAUGUUAAUAUGCGAGACGUUGGAUCUGAGUCUAUGAUGUUAGACAGUGAUAUUUUUGAAACAACGGUAGAUCGUGAUUUUAUAAUGAAGGACAAAGACACCUCAUUGAGGACAAUUUCAAUUGGUAAGGUCGAUGGGUAUGAAAAAUUUAUUUUUCCUACGUAUAAUAAAGAAGAAUCAUUGUAUGCUAAAUUUUACUUGAAGCAGAAUGGAUUAUAUUCGUUUCUAAAUCUAUAUUUACCAGAACAUGUUACAUCACUGCAUAUAUACGGGUUAAUUAAAUUGAUGGGGUAUGAAAUAAGGGAUCUGGACUUAUUGAGCCGCAUUUACGAUUGCACAGAUGUCCAAUCGUUACAAUUAACAGCCGAAGAUCAAGAUGAUGUUAUUUAUAAUAAUUUCGAUGAUCCAUUAGAUCAGAAGCAAAUAAUGAGAAUAUUUAAGGACUUCCAAAUGGUUGUCACAAGAGUACUACACUCGGAUUUUAGAAUCCCUACAUAUUUAACAACUAGUAGUUUAGUUGACAUAUUGGAAAGAUCAAAAAAUAUAAUUGUUUUGACAGGGGCAGGUAUUUCAACGUCAUUGGGUAUUCCAGAUUUCAGAUCAUCCCAAGGUUUUUAUUCUCAGAUCAAAAAUCUGGGUCUAGAUGAUCCUCAGGAUGUUUUCAAUUUAAAUAUAUUUCGUCAAAAUCCAUCAGUAUUUUAUAAUAUCGCUAACAUGGUUCUGCCGCCUGAAAAUAUAUAUUCACCCUUGCAUAGUUUUUUGAAAUUACUGCAAGAUAAAAAUAAGUUAUUGAGAAAUUACACACAAAAUAUCGAUAAUUUAGAAUCGUAUGCUGGUCUGGAAGCAGACAAGAUGAUACAAUGUCAUGGUUCGUUUGCUUCAGCGUCAUGUUUCACUUGUGGAUAUUCGAUGCCUGGGAAUAAAAUAUUUCCUAACAUUAGAAAUAGAGAAAUUCCAUUAUGUCCAAAGUGUAUAAACAGGAGGAAUUAUUUAAUUUCAAAGCAAUCCAACCCAAAUACUAAGCAUAAUCAUAAAGGAUCAAGAAAAUCAAGUAGCUCAACGACUGAUGCUAUGCGAACCGAAAGUGAUAACACCACUAACAGUAGAAGCAGUAUAUCAAGUUUUGACUCAUCUAAUAGUGACACCUCAAAGUUACAAAACUUAAAUCCUCAUGAUGACGAUGAUAAAACUGAGGAUGAAGAUGAUGCUUCUAAUAGCGAUAGUUCAGAUAAAUAUGAUACCGAUGAUGAGCUUCCAAUUGAUAAAUCGUAUGGUGUUAUGAAACCGGAUAUUACAUUUUUCGGUGAAGCUUUACCUGAAAGGUUCCAUGAACAGAUUUCGAAAGAUAUUAAACAAUGCGAUUUAUUAAUUACUAUUGGUACGAGUUUAAAAGUUGCGCCAGUUUCAGAGAUUGUAAAUAUGUUGUCAAAGCAUGUGCCCCAGAUUCUAAUUAACAAAGAUCCUGUCAAUCAUGCAAAUUUUGACCUUUCAUUGCUUGGAUAUUGUGACGAUGUCGUCGCCUAUAUCUCAAAGCUCCUUAAAUGGGAUAUUCCACAUAAAAAUUGGAAGGAAUUGAAGAACAAGAACUAUGAGGCUAUUCCUACAGAAAGAGGUGUGUAUAAAAUAGAACUGAAUGAUAAAAUAAAAUAA